AUGCUGACACAGACUCUCUUGCUUCUCGUGCUGCGGGUUGCCCGCAGUAGUCUCUCUAAAGUGACGAAAGGGGGGAAGAAAGUUGGAGACGCAAGACAACAGACGACUUUGGUCGGCAACGUGCCGCUUUCAACCCCUCCUUUUGCGUUUGGCAGCUGGAUCCCAAACCGCACCUAUUUCCCCGUAGGUAGGCAGAAGUUUGACCUGUGCUUGAACCGAUCGUGUUGCUUAGCCGGGUGCAUUUGGAGAAAGAGGGUCUGA